AUGAAGCGCAAUUCCAGAUCCAACAGUUUUGCAAAUAUUAACGAUGCAUUCACUGACAAAGCAACAGUCAACGGACAUUUGGAUCCAUCUUCGCCGAAGAAAGGAAGACUUUCUUCCAUAAAACAGUAUUUAAAAGACUAUUCUGCCAACUCUAAUCUGCAUGGCUUGAGAUAUAUUGGGGAAAAAGAACGGACUCUUGUUGAGAAAUUAUUUUGGCUGUUCAUGUUUUCGUUCUCCGUAAUUGUCUGCGCAGUCCUGAUAAGAAAAGUUUGGAUCAAGUGGAAUGAAAGUCCGGUUAUUGUUAGCUUUGCCGAAACCUCUACUCCGGUGUGGCAAAUUCCAUAUCCCGCGGUCACAGUUUGCAUCGAAACAAAAGCUAAAGGGACGCUAUUCAGUUUCACGGACUACUAUCACUUAUACUACAAUGAAUCGACGUAUUUAAAUUUAACUCAAGAAGAGCGAAAUUUAUUUGAAGACGUUAGUCUAGUUUGCGAUGAUCACCUCGCACCGGCGAAUGGGAGAAAAGUUUCAAUGGCUAACGAAACUAUUGAAAACUUGAGGCAGGUAGCUCCCAAUUUAACGGACGUAUUCAUGGCUUGCAAAUGGAAGGACAUUCCCCGAAAUAGUUGCUCCGACCUGAUAAGCCAGGUCAUAACCGAGGAAGGAUUUUGCUACACCUUCAAUAGCUUGAGGGCUGAAGAGCUUUUUAGGACUGAGAACCUUCACUCCGAUUAUCCAUAUUCAGAAGCUAUAAAAACCAUGAAUGAAUCUUGGACCCUUGAAGAGGGUUACCCACGGAACUCUCCACUCGAAACUUACCCCCAUAGAGGUUCUGGUUAUGGUGCGAAGGCGGGUUUGACAUUUUUAUUAACGGCUAAAGAAAUAGACUUAGAUUACCUUUGUAAAGGUCCUGUACAAGGUUAUAAGAUUCUCUUACAUAACCCUGCGGAGCUACCGCGUCUUUCCCAACAAUACUUUAGGGCACCAUUGUCCCAGGAAGUUGUGGUGGCUGUCAAACCGAAAAUGAUGACCACGUCGGAGGGUUUGAAACCUUACGAUCCGCACAGGCGACAAUGCUAUUUCCCAAGUGAAAGAUAUCUUCAAUACUUCAAAGUGUACACGCAAGCCAACUGUGAAAUGGAGUGUCUAACCAACUUUACCUUCGCCAGAUGCGGCUGCGUACAUUUUGGGAUGCCACAUGGCUCGAAUAUGUCAAUUUGUAAUGCUGGCAGUAUACAAUGCAUUAAAAAAGCACAAAUGGAACUGGUGACAGUCGAGAUUAAAACGGGCCUCGCUGAAGAGGAUUCGGAUCUCAACGGAACACUUGGUGAUGCACGGAAGGUGGCGGCCGAAUGCAAGUGCCUACAGGCGUGCACCUCUAUCGAAUACGAGGCGGAGACAUCGCAGGCUGAUUUCGACGGAAAAGCGCUGUUCAGGGCGUACCAUUUGCCUAACGAUACAGUUGAAGAAGAUCUGCUAUUUUCUCGAGUGUUCGUGUUCUUCAAAGAAGCUCAGUUUAUUACCUCCCGGAGAUCAGAGCUGUACGGCCAGACUGACUUUCUCGCCAACUGCGGUGGAUUACUUGGACUUUUCAUGGGCUUUUCCAUACUGAGUUUCGCCGAAAUAUUAUACUUUUUGACACUAAGACUGUACUGUGUGAUAUGGCAGAAAAAGCGCUCUAAAGCGAAGAAUGAUCUAGAAAAUAAACGAAGUGCCUAG